AUGUCGACCGUAUCAACUCCGUCAGACUCGCCUAUCGCUUCCCAGCCGCUCCAUAAUCCUGAGCGCGCCGCUAAGGUGGUCGUGCCGCAGGCUCCGCUCGGAAACGCAACGAACGGUAGGAUGGUGAAUCAGCAGCCUGGAAUGGGUGCAAAGGCGCUUUUGGCGAAAACUAUGGCGAAGAACAGCAACCCGAAGUUCAUCUCUCCUACUGACAGCUUCCAAACGCCCGUAUCAAGCAAAAUCAACGCGGCAAAGAAGAAGCGUUUUGAGAAGUGA